AUGCAUAUUUAUAUUAACAUCUUAUUUUAAGCUUUGAGUAUACACAAAUUUUAUAGCUAGAUAUUUUGUAUUAAUUAUUUUGAUCUCUGUUAUCGGUAAUUUCGGUAAUCUCUACGAAUAUAUACAUAUGUACAUGUAUAUACAUUUACUACAAUGCAUUGCAUUGACUUGUGCACUCUUGAUUGCGUUAAAGUUCGCUCCGUUCUCCCAUAAUGGUUUUGCCAGUGCGGUUGCCAUGAAAAUUUCGAUAAAUGUGAGCACAAACAUUUAGCUCAUCACAAACUAAAAAGUCAACGCCUCGUCACAACAAUAGUAGUGAAAACUAUAAGAAAAAGUUGGGGAAAGUUGUGGCAAAUCAGAAAUGGCUUGCAGUUGCAGCCCGCUGUUCUUUGUCUUUCUGCGGAAAAACCUACUGUACCUGCGAUGCAAUUAUGUGCCGUUGUUUUUUAUCUGCAUGGGAUUCGUCGGAGUCCUGACUGCUUACCUGCACUGGUCAACCAAGCCCGUCCAGUUCCAAAUGGAAGAGUUUGAGGCCAAGAAUGAGAUGGUGCUAAAAGAAUCAUACUUUCCCGGAAGUGAGGUAGACUAUAUUUAUUAUGCACCAAGCUCCCAGAAUGUGGAGGACAUUGUGGAACUCCUGCGGGUGGAUCUGCUGAUUAUAUCAGAACGAUUUCGGGCGUACAACAACAGCAUACAGAUGCAGCUAGACAUGGAGCAGGAAUGCCGGGCAAAUUGCUUCGCCAUCAACUUUAACCAUGUGCCAGAUCGCGGUUCUGGUGGAAAGUUUAGCUACAGCCUAAGUUCGAAUCAGAUGCGUAUUUCGCCCAGGAAGCGCUACGUCAACGACGAAGAGAUAAAUCACCAGAAAGAUGACGACGAUUACAUUCGUGCCGGUUUUCUGACCUUGCAGCACGUCUUGGAUAAACAAUAUAUGAAAUACCAGGAGCUGGUUGAAAACUACGAAGUUCUGGUCAGCUCUGUGCCCAAUCUAGAGGUUAUCAGUAUGGAUAGCCAUCGUCUGACAUAUUUUGGAACUCUUUGUAGCAUAUUGUUCAAAGUGGUUUUACUGAGUACUUUUGUGGUGCCCUUUGUGGAGGAGAAGCAGAACGGACUAAAGGAGUUUCUCAAUCUGGUUACGCCUAUGAGUUUUCUCAACGGUCUUACAUUCUUUCUCAUUCGCUUUGUAUGCUACACUGUUCUGAUAAUUAUUGUCCUGGUGGUUGCUUAUUUGUAUAAGGCACUGGGAGUGAUAUACUUCUUCUAUGUAGCGGUUUUAUUUCUGCUUUACAUUUUAUCCACCAUGUCGUACGCCUAUCUGAUCUCUGUUUGCUUUCAUUCAGUUUUCUAUGCCAAGAUUGGCGGCCUGGCGUUGCUGAUCAUUCCAUAUGUGUUUUCUUUUGUUCGAAGCUGGGCGACAUCCUUGGCCUUUGUCUUUUUUAGCACCAAUACGUUCCUGGAGGGAUUGGAUAUUUUCCAGACGUUUUGUAAUAAACGUAAGGAUUUCACUAUUAUGCUUAGAUUUUACUUUGGAUUCUAUUUUGGUACAUGUUUUCUUGUAGAUCGUGAAUUUGGUGCUGGGGAAUUAUUCCGAGAAAUCAAAUAUGAAUCCUCAAAGAUGUUCCUGGUUUAUGUUCUGCUUGUUUUUCAAACCUUUUUCUACGCCCUGCUAUAUAACUACUUGGGUUGUGUGUUUCCCGGACCUGGCGGACUAAAGCGUCCGAUUUUCUUUUUCUUAGAUCCCAAAACCUAUGAGAAACGACAACGCAAUGAAUAUACGACAGCACCUCGCGGCACACAAGCCAUCAUAAUCACUGAAUUGUGCAAAAAGUUCCAGACAAGUAAGCGUGAAACGCUAAUUUCGGACAAUUUAAAUAUGACAAUCAACAACAAGGAGAUUACUGUUCUUCUGGGCCACAAUGGUGCUGGAAAGACCACGAUGAUGAACAUGAUAAUGGGAUUGGUUCCGAAGGAUUCGGGCAAGAUAAUGGUCUGCAGUGAGCGCGACGUGGCCUCCUAUCGUCAUCUUAUUGGCUUUUGCCCACAACACAGUGUAUUUAUGAGCUAUAUGACGUGUCAUCAGCACUUGGAAUUCUUUUCCCAGCUUCGAGGAGCCCGUCGCUCCGAUGCCCGUGAUUGGGCAGAUGAGAAGCUAAAGAAAUUAGGACUUCGCGAUAAGCGAGACGAAUUCGGAAAGAAUUUAUCGGGGGGCAUGAAGCGGCGCCUGUCUCUCGGUAUCGCUAUUGCCGGGAACACAAAAAUUGUAAUUCUUGACGAGCCAUCCUCUGGAUUGGAUAUAAACUCCCGCCGUGAACUCUGGGACAUCCUGUUGAAUCUACGAAAGGAGAAGGCUAUUCUAGUGACCACCCACUACAUGGAAGAAGCCGAGGUGCUUGGAGAUACAAUCUGCAUAUUGGCCAAUGGCAAGCUUCAAAGCAUUGGAUCGCCCAUGGAAUUAAAGCGCAAAUCCGGGAUUGGCUAUCGCUUGAAACUGGAAGUCGACGAUUUUACAUAUCACGAACACGAAAUAAUGGAAAUAAUCCAUGACUAUGUUCCAACAGCCCGAGUUCUGAACGUUGUGAAGCCCACCGUGUAUAUCUGCCUGCCGUAUGCUUAUAAGAAGUCCUUUUCAGAAAUGCUAAACAAGCUGGAGAAAAGAUCAAAUCAGUUGGGCAUAAAUACGAUAUCAAUGACGGACACUUCUCUGGAAGAUGUUUUCCUACAGUGUGCCGGGGAACAGGAUCAAGUGGACACCCCAGAUGGCUCUAGAAAUGAUGCCCCCCUUCUGACACCGUACAAAAAGUUGCCCAGCCAACCGAUGCAGCCCACUCUUUUUCAACUUUGGAUGGCUGUCUUUUACAAGAAGUGGACAUUUAUAUCAAAUGAAUGGUUAUAUACAAUGAUAAUGGUGUGCAUUCCAUUUGUUUGUGUAUGCGGUGCUAUACUCUUAAUGCACACCAUGUCGAUAGUGGAGAAUGAGGAGGCUCUUCCGCUGAAACUUAGCCAUAUGGGCGGCGGCGUUAUUUACAUUCAUAAUCCGACGGGCCAUCACUCCCAAGUAGAGACGCAGCUGCGUCAGCAAAUUGAGCUGAGUGGAUUUACAGUGAAAACAAUGCACCUGCGUGGGAGUAAUGAUGUUAAAAAUGAAUCUCUUGACUUGCAACGUGACAACUUGGCUGAUUUUUUGGAACAGGUGAUUGGCAUCAUUGACAUGUACGGAGGUGGGCGUGGCACCUCGGAUACGCCUGCCCUAGAAAUUUACUACUCUGGAAACCGCUACCAUAGCUCAGUGGUGCUCAUAAACCUCGUUGAUUCCGCUAUGCUGAAGCUAAAGAAUCAAGAGUCUGACAUUGAUACAACUUACGUGCCCAUCCGCCGAUUUGUUAGCGAUAUCAGCCCUUCCCGCCUCGAAUACUAUGCGGUCAUCGUGUCCGUUGGGAUGUUUUUCUUUAUGUUCUAUUUCAUCUCGUUACCGUUUCGGGAAUACGCUAAUGGAUUCCGCCAGCUGCAGGCCAUGUCGCGAUAUACUUAUUGGCUAUCUCAUUUCACUUUUGAUAUGUUGUUCCUUAUAUUUGUCUGCGGCGCUCUGUUCGUUCUGCAAUUUUUGAUCAUGCCCGCUGAGCUAUACAACGCGACCGAGCUUAAAGUCAUUGUAUUGAGCAUCUUCUUUUAUGGAUGCAGCUACCUGCCUAUUCUGUACGCCCUGGGCAACAACUUUAAGUCCAUCUCAACGAUAUCCACCUAUCUUCUUCUGAUGCUUAUUGUGUCUGCAAUUGCUCCAUUGAUUACCUCCGCCAAUUCAUCGUCCAUGAAACUGCACGAGACCAAGAUCGCCUUCCUCUGCUUCCUUCCGGACUUCAAUUUGAACCACCAAUUGCGCAUCAUUAACGAGAACUUUAUUGCUCGUCGUCGUUCGGGCGAGAUAAAGGAUCUCAACUCUGAGAACACCUUCUUUGCCUAUGCAACCGCCGUGUGUGUCCUGGUAAUGGCUUUCUUUACCAUUGUUUUGGAACACAAGUAUCUGCGUCGACGAUUGCAUUAUCGUAUCUGGGAUUGGAAAUACUUGCAACAGAAAAACAACUCGACCAUACCCAGUACUCCGAUGUCGGUAAUUGAUGAUUGUGCAAAGGAGGAGGAGCGAGUUAAGGGGCUGAUUGGGAACCCGUCUUCGGAUUAUCCGCUGAUUGUGAGUAAACUUCGGAAGCGAUACGGGCAAACGGUGGCUGUGGACGGACUUAGCUUUGCAGCCGCUAGGGGUGAAUGUUUUGGUCUAUUAGGUGUAAAUGGAGCGGGCAAAACAAGUACUUUUCAGAUGAUAGCAGCCAAUUUACCGCUGGAUGAAGGCAACAUACGCAUCGGUAGCAUUGAAAUUCAGAAGGAUGAGGUAGCUUACCGCCAAUGUUUUGGCUACUGUCCGCAGUACGACGCCCUAAAUAAAUUCAUGACUGCGGAGCAGUGUCUGCAUUACAUGGCAUUACUGCGUGGUUUGAGCAACACCGCCGAAGGUCCAGCCAGCGUCAAGGAAAACGUAAAGUACUGGUUAGAGAAGAUGCAUUUGACCAAAUAUCAGCAGGUGCAAGUGCGUCACUAUUCGGGCGGCACGAAGCGGAAGCUUUUGGCAGCAAUGGCCAUGAUUGGAGCUCCCUCAUUGGUGCUCCUGGACGAACCAACUACUGGUGUUGAUCCCAUAUCGAGGCGAUUCCUCUGGCAGUGCAUUAAGGAUUUCCAAGGCCAAGACCGAACUGUGGUCCUCACGUCACAUAGCAUGGACGAGUGUGAAGAGCUGUGUAAUCGUUUAGCCAUCAUGGCCCAUGGCAAGUUUAAAUGCCUAAACAAUAUCUGUGCCCUUAAGCGAUUGAGCGGCUUUACAAUAAAACUGAAAAUGAAGGACGAUACUGAAACGGAAGAAAAUAUAAACACGAUUACUGGCACUCUCAGAGCACAGUUUACGGGUCUAGAACUACGAGAGAGCCAUGCCGGAACGCUCACUUAUUUCGUAGGGACCCAGGAGAAUAUAAUUCUCUGGUCGGACGUUUUCAAGAUUUCAGAGGACUAUCUCACCGAUCGGUUAAGUGCCCUCGUAGCGGACUAUUCGGUGAACGAGUGCACACUCGAGGAUAUAUUUCUUAAAUUUGAAAAAGAAGCGAAUUCGAGAUCACCGUCACGACAAACCUCGGUGCAACGAAGUUCAGAUAUUAGCAAUGUAUAAACCUGUCAGGGAAGCUUUUAGGAACUUCAGUAAAGAUGAGCACAAGACUGCCGUCGUGGGGGAUGGGAAACACCUUUCCGCGACAUCAUAAUAUCAUCUGUAAAAAUUCCACCUAACACGUUCUUCGGCCAGUAUUUCUUUUCAAUCUCUUAAUUGAUGUGGGGUUAUUCUAAAUAUGGGGUUAUUCUCUCGACGGCGGUCAAUUGGGCUUAGGUCUGUUGCCGGGAUUCGUAUACUUAACGUAAACAUGUGUUAGGACUAAUCAAACUAAAGACAUAUGUAAACUUUGUGAAAACUCUUGAAGUAAGUAUGUUUAAUUUUAGAUAUAAAUAUUAAAAUAAAUAAUACAUUUUGGAAUACCAA